AAAAUCCAAAGUAAGGAAACGACAAGACAACGACGUCCAUGACACUGACUCCACCAUAGGAGAAGGCACCUCCACCUAGCAUAGCCUAAACCCCAUUUCCACUACGGCUCUACCUCCUCGUCCUUCCGCCAGCCAGCCACCACCAAUCAUGCAGAGUUUAUGGGAUGUUGUUGAGUUUCUGGUAUGCCUAAAUCUAAUGCAAGUUAUUUGCUAGAUGCCGGGUACAAUUAUGGCAAUGGGAAGGCUCAACCGACCGAGUAUUAUGAUUUACGGGGGAACAAUCAAGCCUGGUCAUUUUCAAGGCCAUACGUAUGAUAUCAUAUCUGCCUUCCAGGUAAGCAUAGAGAAUUUGCUAUUCUAAUACACUUUGUUGAUUGAUUACUUCAUUUAGAAUAUGUAUAUUAACAAAUUAAUUUGAUCUUUUACCUUGUUUCUGAUUUUCUAUUCUCCUAUUUCAUUUUUCACCUAAUGUUUAUACAACUUUUAAGGAUGGAAUAAAGAAUAACUAAUGUUGUUGGAGACUUGGAGCUUAUCAACAUCAAGUUCUUUUGUCAUGUGUAGAACUUCAUUUAAUAAUUAGUGUUUUGUAAU